CAGCAGGAGCACUUUUCUAAGGGAGGGUGAAAUUUCCCUCUGAAGUCACUUACACCUGCUCUUUCUCCUUCUUUUCCUUGUUUUGUUGUGGCAGUUUUCUCUCCUGAGCCGACCAGGGACUGGGCGCGCGGGAACCGACAGCGGGGCCAGGCCCAGCCGGAAGCAGCUUCCCUGAUGCUGCUGCUGCUCCGGGCUCUCCUCCUCCUGAAAGUGUCCUGUUUGUCCCGAAGUCAGCGGCCCCUCCCGAGGAGAAGGGGCCAUUUCCUUUGGGUCCUCUCCCCCCAGCACUCCCCACCCCCCCAGUGGAGAAGCGGGGGAUGUCCAGCCUGACCCCCGCGCUCACGCCCUCCUUUGCUACCCAGGACCUGUGCCCCGUGGGAGGGAGCCCGAGGAGGAGGGGAUGGCUCAGGUGCUGCCGGCUCGGGCUGGACAGGAAUCAGUGACAUUCCAGGAUGUGGCUGUGGAAUUCACCGAGGAGGAGUGGGCACAUUUGAACCCAUCUCAGAAAAAGUUGUACAGGGACGUGAUACUGGAGAACUAUAGGAACUUGGUCUCUUUGGGUUUUGCACUUUCCAAACCAGAUGUGAUCUACCAGUUGGAAAGAAAGGAAGCCUCUUGGUUGCCAGAGCCAAUUAUAAGAAGCAUUUGUCCAGGAAGCAAAGAAUUUACUGGAGAGAAAUCUUAUGAAUGUAGUGAAUGUGGGAAGGCCUUCAGGAAUAAGACACAGCUUACUGUGCAUCAGCGUAUUCAUACUGGAAAGAUUCUUUAUGAGUGUAAGGAGUGUGGGAAAGCUUUCUCCCGGAACUCCGAUCUUAUUAAACAUCAGAGAAUUCAUACUGGAGAGAAACCUUAUGAAUGUAGUGAAUGUGGGAAGGCCUUCAGGAGGAAGUCACAACUCACUGUGCAUCAGAGAAUUCAUACUGGAGAGAAACCUUAUGAAUGUAAUGAAUGUGGGAAUGCAUUUAGGAGGAAGGAAUAUCUUACUGUGCACCAGAGAAUUCAUACUGGAGAGAUUCUUUAUAAAUGUAAGGAGUGUGGGAAGGUUUGCCAUUACAACUCAGAUCUUAUUGUACAUCAAAGAAUUCACACUGGAGAGAGACCUUAUGAAUGUAAGGAAUGUGGGAAGACCUUCAAACAGAAGAUACAUCUUACUCAACACCAGAGCAUUCAUACUAGAGAGAGACCUUUUAAAUGUAGUGAAUGUGAGCAGACCUUCAAACUGAAGACACAUCUUGCUCGGCAUCAAAUAAUUCAUUCUGGAGAGAAACCUUAACAGUGUAGUAAUAAUGCAUAUGGGAAGGCCUUUAGAGAGAGGAUACUACUUUAUAUCCAUCGCAGAAUUCAUACCGGAGAGAUUCCACAUGAAUCUAAGGAGUGUGGGAAGGCCUGACAUCUGUCAAGGGUGAAAUUUAAGAAGGUAAAGUGAAGCAAUUCCCCAAGCUAGAUAAUAUUUGUUAACAGGGCCAUGCUUCCUGUCAAUAAAUCAGUCGAUAGUUUGCCUCCCUUUGUGCCAAAGAGCAGAAGCAAAAAGAUAGUUCCCUUCUUAAAGGUUUUGAGGAGUACAGAAGAGGGUAGAUGACAUCAUGGGAUUAAGAAUAGUUUGGUAAUGGGGGCUAGCAAUGACCUUCCUCCUCUCCUGAGUUUCAGGAGGGUAUAUUACUUGAGUCCAUGUGCAAGAUAGUGGCACAGACACAGGACAGCGAACCAGACAUCCUUGAAGGUUAGCUGGAUGGUGUCAAGACACUAUCUGACUCUUGUGUGUUCACAUCCUUUCCCAAAGGUGAGUUAACUCCUUCAGGCAAGAAAAGAUCAGCAGGAGAGCUGCAUUUCUAAACUUAGCUCAUUACAGGCCAGCUGGAUUCUGAACUAAGUUCAGAGACAGAGAACCAUGACUUAAGCACUUACAGGAUGAAAGCAAUAUAUUGCAAAUAGGAUCAAUAAAAAAAUGAGACAGGAUCAAGUCAAUCUUCUCAAUUCCGUCUUUGAUCAAUGAGAGAUAGCUAUCUCUCAUAGUUCACUUAUCUAUAAGUUAAUCCUAUAAGGUUUUUUUUUUGGGGGGGCAGGGCAAUGAGGGUUAAGUGACUUGCCCAGGGUCACACAGUUAGUAAGUGUCAAAUGUCUGAGGUCUGAUUUGAACUCAGGUCUUCCUGAAUCCAGGGCCAGUUGUUUAUCCACUGUACCACCUAGCUGCCCCAAUCCUAUAAGAUUUUUAAGUCAUUAACAGUAGGACAUACCAACACAAAUGUUUCCAUUGGAUUUCAGAACAGGCUUUAACACAGUAACUUAUCAAAGUUGAAAAAGAAUAACAAUACUGAUUAAUCAUAAUACAAGCCAGUGUAAGAAUACCUAAAACCACUGAAUUUAGAAGGGAGAUUUUCAUGUCUCAAGGCAACUAAGAAAACUCAGCAAACAUACUGUGUAAAAAAAGCCAAAGUAAUAUAGUAAUGAUCUACAACUUUAAUAUUGAAUUUUGUAUCCCACUAACCUUCUC